CUAUUUCAUCAUCAUCCUUACUUCGUCUUUCAGUCACCUAUACGAAUUCAUUCAAGAUGAGGUUAGCCAAAUUAAACCGAUCAAUGUCACAUCGUAAUGCAAUGUUUCGAAAUAUGGUCUCAUCUCUGAUCGAGCACGAGCAAAUCAAAACAACACUUCCUAAAGCAAAAGCUAUCUCUAGGCUAGCAGAAAGAGUUAUCACUUGGACUAAAGCUGGUACCGAAAACAUUUUUUAUCAACGAAAAGCUGAAUCUUAUUUAAUGAAUUGGACUAGACUUAGAGGUCACUUAUUUCAAACAUUGGCAAAACGAUAUGAGGAUCGGGUUGGAGGUUAUACCCGUAUACAUCGGUUAGGUCAUCGCGCAGAUGAUCAUGCACCAUUGGCGAUCAUCGAGAUGGUCGAUAAUGCACGGGAUUUAAAACGUGAUCAAGUGAUUCGAACAGCUGCACGGGAGUUAGCGACCCUAGAACUUUCACAUCGAGGAUCAAAAGUACCUCGUCAAAUCUGGCGUAAUGUAGUGUGCGAAAGUGAAGAAGAAGCCAAGAAAGUGAUUGAAGAAGUCAAAACCCUCAUAGCACCUUUAACCAACAAAAACUUGGAAAAGGUGCUUAGUGAACGAUAUGUAAAUGCUUAUCAAUAUUGUCAACCGAUUCAAAUCCCAACAAAAGAAGAAGCUCAAGAUGAGAUCUUACGCACAAAACAAUUAAAGCGAGAAGUCUUUUUGGCCAAAUCAAGCUCGCCAUCUCUCUCAUCUGAUUCAUUACCAAUUCAAUCAUCAUCAAAACCUACUUCAACUUCUCUUACUCGAUCAACCAAGACGAAACCAUCCCUGACUCGAUCUCUCGGUCUUCCGAAACCAAUCGGGGCAUACACGGAUUUCUUGUAUAGCCUCCGACUGCAUUUUCAUCGUAAUUUGACGACUUUGGAUCCUUCAAAGCUUGGUCGACAGUCCCGAAAUAAGGCUUUGAAUUUGAAAGGGAAUAGAGCAUUGAUUGAGGAUAAGGAUCCACGAGACCCCUCACUUGCAUCUUUGUAAUACACUUUUUAUUGGGGUACGAAAUACCAUCUGAUAUACCACUGCGGCGUUCUGAUACUGAAUAUGAGAGUAUUCUGGGAUAUAUCCCUUCAAAAUUUGAGACGUUGCUACU